UUCUACUAUACAUUGAACAUUUAAAAUGGAUAUUUCUAUUUAUUAUUAAAGUAUUUAAACCUCAGACAAGAAGAAACAAGUUUAAACAGAUUUUAAAUUUUACAUUGCUUAAAACAAUGAAAUUCACGCUUCCUAUAAGAUGCUGACAUAAGGAUGGGGUAGCUAAGUGGCACAAUGUCAGUGCCAGGGCGUAAAGUGUCAGAUUUCCAUGGUUCUGCACCCGACUCCCAUGGGUCUGAAUCUCAAGGUUCCUCAUCCGACUUCCAUGACUCCCUGUCUCAUGGUUCAACAUCUGAUUCCCAAGGCUCUGUGCCCCAUGGUUCAGUAUCUUGUGGUUCAGAUGAGGACUUUAAUCAUGACUGUGAACCAUGUCUAAUUGAUGGUCAACACAUACAGGCUCAUGGAUACUGUGUAGAAUGUAAAGAGUACCUCUGCAGAAACUGUUUCAGGUAUCACCAGCGUACAAGGGCACUGAAGCAUCAUCAGCUUUUGGAUAAGGUGAAUAUUGACAACCUUGGUAUGACUGCUAAACCCUCAAAGACAUGCACAGAAAAAUGUGAAAUUCAUAAGGAAGAAAUAAUCAAAUUUUUCUGUCCCAAACAUGAUGUGCUUGGCUGCACUGACUGUAUGACAAUGAACCACAGAGUUUGUAAUAUAGACUAUAUUCCAGAUAAAUGUAAUGACAUUGUCAAUAGUGCUGAAUAUAAAGAUGUAAUAAGGCUGCUAGAUCAGAAAAUCGUAGAAGCAGAUACUGCUGUGAAAAAGGCAAAUGAAAAAGACAACAUUAUAGACACAUGUCAUGAAAAAGCUAAACAAGAUAUGGAUAAGUUUCAAAUUGAAAUAAUUCAACUCAUUUCUGAAAAGCACAAACAAAUAAAGGCAGAAAUGGAUGCAAGGAAAUCAGUAGAUAAACAAAAAAUCAAGGAUUUGCUGACAUCAUGUACACAAGCCAGUUUAAAUAUUAACCAGCUCAAAUCGAAUAUAGCUGAUAGUAAAGCCAACAACCAAAAUGGACAAAUGUUCAUUGCAAUAAUGCGAGCUAAAUCACAUCUAAAAUCAGAUGUAGAUGUACUUAAAGAAAAUGCUGAAUCCUUAGAAAAGACAGAUGUUGAGUAUACUUUUGCACAUAAUAAUGAAUUAAAACAAAUGCUUUCAAAGUAUGGCAAGUUUGGACAGCUUAUAAAUUCUAAGGACACGGGCAAUGUCAGAAUGCCCUAUGACUCACACAGUAAGGAUAGGGACAACUCAAAAAUGCCUCAAGACUCACAUGAAGGAAACUGCAAAAUGUCCAACAGUAAGGAUACACCAAACUCCAGCUGGGCCCGUUUCUCAACUUCUAGAGGUACAGACAACUCUCAAAAGUCUUAUGACUCUGACUCCAAGGAUACAGACAACUCCAACUGGGCUUUAUUUACACAUACAGACAGCUCUAAAAAGUCUUAUGACUCUGACUCCAAGGAUACCGACAACUCCAACUGGGCUUUAUUUACACAUACAGACAGCUCUAAAAAGUUUUAUGACUCUGACUCCAAGGAUACAGACAACUCCAACUGGGCUUUAUUUACACAUACAGACAGCUCCAAAAAGUCUUAUGACUCUGACUCCAAGGAUACAGCCAACUCCAGCUGGGCUCGUUCCUCAAUUCUAGAGAUACAGACAGCUCUAAAAAGUCUUAUGACUCUGACUCCAAGGAUACAGACAACUCCAACUGGGCUUUAUUUACACAUACAGACAGCUCUAAAAAGUUUUAUGACUCUGACUCCAAGGAUACAGACAACUCCAACUGGGCUUUAUUUACACAUACAGACAGCUCUAAAAAGUCUUAUGACUCCAAUUCUAAGGACACAGGCAACUCCAAUUGGGCUUGCUUUACAAACAGCUCUAAAAUGUUGCAUGACUCCAAUUCUAAGGAAACAGUCAACUCCAAAAUGUCUUAUGACUCAAAUUCUAAGGCAACAGGCAUGACCAAAAUAUCAAAUGACACUAGCUCUAUGAAAACAGGCAAAUCAAAAAUACCUUAUGACUUUAAAACUAAGAAAACUGAUAAGUUUGACAUGUCAUAUGACUCUCAGUCUAAGAAUACAAGCAGACCUAAAACCUCUAGGUUUAAUGACAGUAUAAGAAAAAAUGCAACCACUGUCAUUCAAGAAACUGUAAAACCUCAUACCCUUAGUCAUAGAGGAUACAUUGAUAUCAAGACAGAAACAGAUCUUGAGACUUGUGGAAUCAGUGCAUGUGCAAUUCUGUCUUUUGAUAGGCUUCUUCUCGCUGAUACAGACAACAUGAAAUUGAAGAUAGUGAGAUCAAGAGACUAGCUUCUACUGUAACUGAUGAGAAAAUCCUUGAAUCACCACCUAGGGACAUAGCAUUACUUCCAAAGGAUGAGGCUGUAGUGACACUUCCAGACAAAAACAAGAUUCUUCUUGUAGCAACAGCCGGACAACUCUCCAUCAAAAAUACAAUCCAUGUUGAAGGCGUGUGCAGAGGUUUAACUUAUAAUCAGGACUGCUUGUAUGUUGUCUGCUGGAAUCCAUAUUGCGUUUUUGUACUGGAAAUGGAUGGAAAGAUCAAAUAUGCAAUUUCGCUUCCUUCAAAGUGUCUGAGCCCACACUACAUUGUGUAUAAUCCAGUUUUUCAACUCAUCUAUGUAAGUGACAUGGGUAGGCAUUCUAUCUGCAGUUUAACAUUACAAGGGGACAUCACUGCUGUAUUUACUGACAAGGGACUUAGACCACUUGGAAUGGUUAUGCUUGAUGAUGGCUCGUUGUUGGUGUGCAACCAGUUCAAUAACACAAUACGGUGUAUAUCUGGCGACUUAAAACAAAGCUGGCAAGUGAUAAAUGGCUUAAAGUCAUGGAAACCACAAUCCAUUAUCUACAGUGGUGAUCGCAAUGAAGUCUACAUUGGAGCUUCAAACAGUGAUCAACUUAAAACUUUCACUUUAGUAUAGUUUUUCUCCACUGAUCACAUAUUUCACACUUAACCCAAAAACUAAGUACA